GCGUCGAGAAAAAGCUAAGAGAGGAUUGUGUCAUUCUUGGUCGUUUUUGAUUCAGUCGUUAACCUGUUCCGAUCUCGUGUUCUGCAACGAAAUUAUCAACUUCUUUAUUUAGAAGUCAGAGAAGCAGAAACAAUGAUUGGGUUGUUUAAAGUAAAGGAAAAGCAAAGAGAACAAGCUCAAAACGCUAGUAGAGGAGGAGGAGCUUCAGUUAAGAAGCAAUCUGCUGGUGAACUUCGUCUUCACAAAGAUAUAUCAGAGUUGAACCUUCCAAGCUCGUGUACGAUAUCGUUUCCUAAUGGCAAAGAUGAUUUGAUGAACUUUGAAGUCUCCAUUAAACCCGAUGAUGGUUACUACCAUAAUGGUACAUUUGUUUUCACGUUCCAAGUGUCUCCUGUGUAUCCACAUGAAGCUCCUAAAGUUAAAUGCAAAACCAAGGUUUAUCAUCCCAAUAUUGAUUUGGAAGGAAACGUUUGCCUCAACAUCUUGCGUGAAGACUGGAAACCUGUUCUUAACAUCAACACUGUUAUCUAUGGACUCUUCCAUCUUUUCACGGAACCAAAUUCUGAAGAUCCAUUGAACCAUGAUGCAGCACAAGUUUUAAGGGACAACCCAAAGCUGUUUGAGACCAAUGUCCGGAGGGCCAUGACAGGUGGCUAUGUUGGUCAAACCUUUUUCCCGCGCUGUAUCUAACAAAAAGCUCUGAAGACGAUAAGAACCCGAUGAAAGCCCCUUUGUCUGCCUAUUGUAUCUCUCAAAAACCCCUUGUUUAUUUGCUUUUGUGUAAGACUACAUUUCCCUUGGCUCGUGAUCUUUCUGAACUUUUAGUUCGUGAGAGUUCGACAAAGGAGACUGAAAAGGAACCGAGUACUCAAAAAAUGUGGAUUCUGUAACAUGCUUGAUCUCUGUCUUAUAUUUUAUAAUUCUCCUCAAAUUCAGUUUGAUUAA